UACAUAGCUUAGCAAGUUAGCGGUUCCUCCUCUCCUUCCUAGUUCCUUGAACUUCCUUCCAUAAUUUGCUGCUUCUCUUGGCCUUUCGCGUUGUCCGAUGGCGGGUCACUCUCUGGUCCACCUAUCCUUUUGGUGUCUUUGUCAGUUAAUUUAUUAAGAUAACGCCUUCCGUUUCUGGCUAAUAAAUUAUGCGUACCGAAUGUAUUUUAUUUUAUUUUAUUUUUUCUUGGAGAUUUGGGAAGGGAGCAUCGAGCUGAUUCGUUUUGGGAUAGUUUGGGAUUUUUGCGUUUUGUUCGAGAAAAAUAGCCGUGGGCUAUGUUUUGGCGAUUGUCUGAAAGUUUUUGGUUGGUGGGAUUUGUUUGUAAAUGCGUUAUCUACUGUUCAGUUUCCCCUGUAUCCGUGUUUGGGUUCGUGUCCCCGCGUAAAGGAGGUGUUGUGACUUCUGGGUGCGUGUGUACGAGAGAGAGCGAUUGCCCAGCAAAAGAAGAAUCUUAUAUUAAGGCGGGGAAAAGAUUUAGAUAAGGAUCGAAGAAACAAGAGAAAGAAGAAGAAAAGAUGUGGAGGCGAUGGUGGAGUGGCGGUGCAGUGAAGCAGAGCGUCUCGGUGGUUUUGGGCCAAUUCAAUGGGAGGAAGAUGAAGCCUCCAAAUCCUUCUCAAAUUCUGGGAUUGAGGGUUAUUGUUCCUGCGUCAUCUUUAUGGUUGAGGACCUCAUCGACGUCGCCGCCGUCGUCGUCGCCGUUGUGUGCUGAUUCAAACACUGGCGGUAGUAGUGACAGUGUCAUAUCGUUCGCGGAGGCGAAGAAGGUAAUGAGACUGGUGAAUGUGGAGGAACUGAAGAGGAGAUUGGGUACAGAAGGGAAGGAGGUUAUCAGCUAUUCGGAGCUUCUGGACGCCUGCCAAAGCAUGGGUGUCGCCAGAUCCCCCGAGGAGGCCGCUGCUUUCGCCCGAGUCCUCGACGAGGCAGGUGUUAUCCUCCUCUUCCGCCACAAGGUCUACCUUCAUCCCGAUAAAGUGGUUGAUCUGGUCAGAAGAGCGGUGCCCCUUGCUCUGACUUCUGAAGAUGAUCCUGUGAGGGAUGAGUUAAAGAGGCUUCAGGAGAAGAAAGAAGAAAUUGAUGUGUUGGCACAUAAGCAGGUCAGGCGCAUCCUCUGGACUGGGUUGGGGAUUGCUGUGGUACAGGUCGGGCUCUUUUUCCGGCUAACAUUCUGGGAAUACUCAUGGGAUGUAAUGGAACCCAUUGCAUUUUUCACAACAACCACUGGUAUAGUCAUAGGUUAUGCCUACUUCCUGUUCACUUCAAGAGACCCCACGUACCAAGACCUGAUGAAGAGGCUCUUUCUCGCAAGACAGAGGAAGCUAAUUAAAAAGCAUGAUUUUAAUUGUCAAAGAUACAAGGAGUUACAAGAUAAGUGCAAAACAUGUCUUCAUGCCACUGCCUCUAUUAAAAAUCGGGUGGGACUGGAAGUGGAACUGGAGGAUGCUUUACACAGGGACUAACAUUUUCUGGAGGAGUUUAUUGGCGGAUCAAGAUCUCUUUUAGGUCUGAUUUGGAUAAUGACCUGAAAUGAGUUGAGUUGAAAUGAAAGUUGAAUAUAAAUAUUAUGAAGUCAAAAUAUUGUUAGAUUAUAAUUUUUUUAUAUUAUUUUUAUUUUAGUA